UGGAUCCGGGGUAGGAAUGCCCGCGCAGCUGAAGCGCGAUGCCAUCGUCUCCAGGGAAGAAGCUCCCCGCGCUGAGAUUCCAGAUUUACAGGGCCAGGGCGGUGUGCUUGCGAUCGGGCGCGGGGAUUUUCGCGGCGUUUGUUCUUGGUGUGCUGCUAACGCUGCUGGUGGCGCCGGGGAGAUUCGGCUGGGGGCCAGCGCCAUGCCACCAGGUCGAGGAUACGUUUCGAUCCUCCGAGGCGUGGAGGUCGGGUGUUCUCCAGGAGCCGCUGGAAUCGAGGCCAAAGGUUUUGGGCGUGGUUGGGAUCCAGACAGGGUUUGGAUCGCGAGAGAGGCGCAAGGCGCUGAGGGAGACUUGGAUGCCUGAUUCUCCGGAGGGACUGGUUUCCUUACAGCAAUCGACAGGACUUGCCAUACGAUUUAUCAUUGGACACACAGCUGACAAGAGAAAAAUGGAGGAGCUGGAGGAGGAGAUCGAAACUUACAAGGAUUUUAUACGCAUCGAUAUCGAAGAAGAAUAUUUGAAACUCACACACAAGACGCUAGCGUAUUUCAAGGCCGCUUAUAUGCUCUUCGAUGCCGAGUUCUAUGUUAAAGCAGACGAUGAUAUCUAUUUGAGAACCGACCGGCUUGCAACUUUGCUAGCCAAGGAUAGAUCGACACCGAGAACAUACUUGGGAUGUAUGAAGAAAGGACCUGUCAUUACAGAUUCCAGACAGAAGUGGUACGAGCCUCUGGCAUAUUUACUUGGCAGCGAAUACUUCUUACACGCUUACGGACCAAUCUAUGCGUUAUCAUCAGAGGUAGUCGCUGCUCUGGCUAUUGCUCGCAAUGAUAGCUUUCGCAUGUUCACAAACGAGGACGUGACCUUGGGCUCUUGGAUGUUGGCAAUGAACGUCAACCACGAAGACAACCGAGCGCUGUGUGAACAGACGUGUACUCCGACCUCCAUUGCCGUUUGGGACAUUCCAAAGUGCUCAGGGCUGUGCAACCCCGAACAGAGGCUCAGGGAGGUCCAUCAACUGGAUGCCUGCUCCAGGAGCCCCACGCUUCCAGAUUAGUCACACAACGACAGCCAAAUUCUGCUCCAGGAUGCUAUUUCCCUCAGCUGUCGUUUUUCUCCAUUCUUCUCUUCCGUGAAGAGCAUACAGACAGUCCAGAAGAUUGCUGGCGUUUUGCGGUGAGUAGAACAGUGAACAGUAUUCUACUACCAGAUGUGCAUUAAAUUCGACACACUUUCUACACAA